ACUAUUUUUAUAAAACUUUAGGUUGUCCAAACAAAUGACUUGUUUUUGAGUCUUUUGUUUUGUCUCCUUUAACCUCAUCUCUCUCUCUCUCCCAUUCCUCUUCAAUUUCAUCACCUUAAUAGCUUCUUCUUCCCUUUUCUUUCUCUUCACUCCAUAGCAGCUCCUCUGUCUCUUUUCAAUCCAUCCUUAAAUGAUUUUCUAUUAUUCCACCAUCUAAGAUAGAUAGAUAGAUCAUCUUCUCUUUCUCCCUAUUCACCUCUUUUUUAUUAUUACUAUCUUUUUAUUUUUCUAUAUAUUAUUAUCACACACUCACUCACACACAUCAAUAAACAAAACCCUCUUGAACAAACAGUGAUCUAAGUUAGACCCAAAAAAAUAUGAUAUAUUUAUGAACAAUAUUUAACUAUAUAUUACUAUUUCUCUAUAGUAAUAAAAAUCAUUUUCCUUGUUUUCUGUUUUUAUUUUAUUUUUUUUCUCUUAUUAUAUAAAUUUAACCUUUUUAAUUUAUAUAUCUAUAUAUUUUCUCUCUCUAUUACUUUGAUGGCUGGUUUGGAUUUAGGAAAUGCAUCAAGCUUUAUGCAAAACCUUCACAGACAAAACUUACACCUUCAGCAACAACAACAACAGCAACACCAUCAACACCAAAACCAACACGAUUCUGACGAACAGCAAGAGUCAAAUCGUGUUGGUGGAGGUGGUGCAGCUCCGUUUUCAUCAAACGAUGAAGAUGACCGAAGUCAAGGCUUGGAGCUAGGUUCAGCAGCCGGUCCAGGUGACGUGGUGGGACGCCGUCCACGCGGCAGACCACCCGGAUCGAAAAACAAGGCAAAGCCGCCGGUGAUCAUUACCCGUGAGAGCGCCAACACUUUGAGAGCUCAUAUUCUUGAAGUUGCUAGUGGCUCCGAUGUGUUUGAAUGUGUAACAACCUACGCUCGACGUCGUCAGCGUGGGAUCUGUGUUUUAAGUGGAAGUGGAACCGUCACUAAUGUAAGUCUCCGGCAACCGGCGGCGGCUGGUGGUGUUGUGACACUAAAUGGAAGAUUUGAGAUAUUGUCUUUAUCUGGAUCUUUUCUUCCUCCACCUGCUCCUCCCGGCGCGACUAGCUUAACGAUUUAUCUCGCCGGAGGACAAGGACAGGUGGUCGGAGGAAGUGUGGUUGGUGAACUUAUCGCAGCGGGACCGGUGAUUGUUAUCGCUGCUUCUUUUACUAAUGUAGCUUAUGAGAGAUUGCCUUUGGAGGAAGAGGAGCAAGUUCAGAUUCAAGCAGGAGGUGGUGGUGGUUCUCAAGGCUCUGGUGGUGGCGGCGGCGGAAAUAACAAUCCAUUUCCUGAUCCUUCAUCUGGUUUGCCAUUUUUCAAUCUGCCAUUGAAUAUGCAAAAUGUUCAUCAGCUGCCUGUUGAUGGUUGGGCGGGAAAUAAUUCAGCUGCACGUCAGCCUUUUUGAGGAUUUUAGAAUUAAUCAAUGGAAAUGAAUUAAUGAGUCUGUUGUUUUUGUUGAUGAUGAUGAUGAUGGUGGUGGUGGUGAUGAAGUUGGAACUUGAAAGUGAUUAUUUAUGAGGUCAGUGUUAAUUUUAUGGAUGAUGAUGAUGAUGAUUUAGAAGUGCUUCUUUGUGUCAUGUUUAUGUACUUGUUUUUAGUACUUAAUUAUAAUUUAGUACUGUCUCAUUGGUUUUUAAAUUGGAUAUCUUUGGGAUUAAUUUUACUUUGUUCAUUGUUAGUA